GCUGCUUGUCAAGCACGACCUCCCUGACCAUAUACCUCCACCCCCCCAGAUCAUCAUGCUGAACCGACUCCUCCGGCCGCAGUCUGCGCUGCGUGCAGCCUCCUCCCUCACUGCGAAGCCCGUCUCCUCCGCGCUCCCACGCAUCCAGAGCCGUGCAAUCCACCGUGUGCCUCAACUCGCCUACGAGACCGACUACAAGUCCAACGGUAUCGAGGAGUUUAUGUCACCAGAGGCGUUCGACUUUUCCUGGACGCAAUACCAAGCCCUCCUUGUCGAUAAGCUGAACCUGUUGACGCAGGACACCAUCGAUGCCGACGCGAAGCCCGGAGAACUGCUGGUCAAGUACUCCCGGCGUGCGGAAAUGGCCUCCGUCUUCAACUACGCCUCAAUGGCUCACAACAACCACUUUUUCUUCAACUGCCUGUCCCCCGCCAAAACCGAGAUGCCGGAGAAGCUCGAGAAAGUCAUCACAGAAACGUGCUCGUCGGUCGAGUCGCUGAAGCUCGAUUUCCUGGCCACGGCCAACGCGAUGUUCGGUCCCGGUUUCGUCUGGCUGGCCAAGAACCUGGAGCGCGAGGGCAUGCUGCACGUUUUCUGCACGUACAACGCCGGCUCCCCUUACCCGGCCGCGCACUCGCGCCGCCAAGCAGUCGACAUGGCCACCCACACGCCCGACGACCCGGUGGGCAACCAGUACGCCGGCGCGAUGGGCGCCCACUCGCCCAACCAGAAGAUCAUGGCUCCUGGAGCCAUCGAUGUACAGCCCAUCCUGUGUGUCAACACCUGGGAGCACGUGUGGAUGAUGGACUACGGUAUCGCCGGCAAGGAGGAGUACCUGGAGCGGUGGUGGGACCGGAUCAACUGGGAGGUGGUGGCGGACAACUACGACAAGAUCAGCGUCAACCGGGGGGUGCGCAACACUAACACCGCCUGGUCGCGCAGUCUGGGCAUGAUGUCGUAGUUUCUUCCUUUUCCUUCCUAUCCGGAUGAUGGUCUGAUAAAUUGUAUUAUAC